UCGAGGAGAUUCGUUAAUUGAUUUUGAAUUCAACUUCGAGAGUUCAACGCAACAGUGUCAGUGAUUCAACAUGAGAAUUUUAUUUUCCGCUGCAAUUAUACUACUCGCUCAAAUUGAACUGAUUUCAUCGCAGAAUGAGGGUUGCUGGAUGUUCGAUUUCAGUGAUCCGUCAUUGUUCAAUGGCUUCACAAAGUGUUAUGACAAUGACCUCGAUCCAUGGGCUCUAAGAAUGUACAAUGAAUCAACUGAACCGUCUAGCAUUCGGCCAACAUCAACCUAUUACUUAACACCCAAAUAUGAUACUGACGCAGUGGCGAACAGAUGCUCCGCAUCGAGGCCAUUCACGUUACCAGCAAGCAAAACACUCAAUUUAGAAAUGGCUUUAAACAUCGGCUUAAACAUCAGCAUGUUUGUUACACGUGAUAUAUGGCGAUUCGAUUUGUACUCAGUCCCAUUGAACCAAUCUUACACAAUUUACGCACAACAUUGGUGGGAAUCGGCGGCAAAAACGUAUCUGGUGACAAGCUUUUCGGUCCCAGAUUGGAUUGGUGAAGCUGUGCUUCAAAUUUAUGCCAAACCAUUGUUGAGUAACGCGCCUUAUGCAGCCUUUGAGUACAUCAAAAUUUACGAUUAUCCAGUAUCGGAUGGCUUAUGCGUUGAUAAUUACCACACUCCAGAAGCUCCCGAAACUCCAGAAGAAAAUCUUUGCGCAACGAUCGACUUCAACCAACAAUCAUCGUCUCAGAUCUUAAAUGCCUUUCAGAGUUGUGAAGACCUACAACUGCCAGCACUGACAAUUAAGUCUUAUGAAAAUUCAACAAUUUCCCCAUACCGUGCAUCGUCGACAUUUCACUUGUCCAGCCAAACCGAAGGUAUGUCCUGCUUGCAGUUAUCCAAACCACUAGCUUUGGACUCGAAUAGUCGAAUCCGAAGCGCCAUUUAUUUGAACACAUUGUGGCCUGGCGCUUGGGUUGAGAUUUAUGUUUACGAUAAGCUGACGGGUGACAGACAAGUGAUUUUGUCAGUGGAAAGCAGUGGCAACGAAUGGAGAUCUUUAACUGGGAGUGUAAAUCGAAAAUUCGAUCAUGCACAGAUUUUCAUUCAAACAAAUGCUGCAGUUCACAAUGGAUUGGCUAUCGAAUUUUUAGACAUAACUAGAACGGACAAUAAGUGUGCCACUCAAUGAUUUUUAACGAAUACAACAUCAAGAUGACGUUACAUCAGAAUAGUUAUUGAUACGAACAAUAAAGAUGAAAAUUCUCAAUGAAA